AUUUUCCUUAAAAGUAGAUGGCAAUUUAGUCUACUAUUAUUUUGUUUUUUAUAGAGAUGCUUUUACACUAUUCUAUGUUAUAAACAAUCUGAUAAGUUCUAUGACAUAGUAUUGGGAUGAUUAUACACAAGUCUAUAACAUUAGCUUUAACAUGAGAGAUUUUCGUCUGUGAAUAAGAUGCAAAAGCUCACUUCCAGUUUGGAAAAUAGUUGUGAAUUACAUAUGAAUGAUGGUGAUCUUAAAAAUACGCCAUACAGCUCAUCAAAUUCCUUUCAGAACGUAUCAGAAUCAACAUCAAAGCCAAAUGACUUCAAUAAAUUUUGGCAAGGUGAUAUAACUAUAGACUCUCCAAAGAAAUCUUCUGAUUCAAAAUUGACUAAAAUUUCAAAUGAAGAUAUCAGAAGACCGUCAGCUGUGCAUUCUGAUCAAACACUCCAUGUUUCACAUCUUUUAUAUCCAACUAGUUCACUUGCACACACAGCUUCAGCUCAUUCAAGUUAUUUACGAAUUCCAUCCAUCUGUGAACAAAUGAAUGAAGCGGCAGUUUCAGCACAUUCAGCUGACUGGUCAAGAACCCUGCAUAAAUCAAGUUAUUUUAAUUAUCCAGAGGGCUUAAAUGAAGAAGAUCAAAAAUUUGCACAAGCCACAGCUCGUGCUGUAUUAGCUGCCAGCGCUAGACAGUCUCGUACAGCAUUAACAGAUUUACCACUAGAAUUUUUCCCAAACAUCUCUGAAUUCUCAAAUGUUGAAAAUAAAUUAGUCUCUUUAUCAGUUCAACAAUUAUCGAAUAAGACUCUGUCCACCACUGGAAGUACAGUUAAUGUAAAUAGACUUUACUUAUCUCCAUCGAAAUUCCAUGAAGAAUCUAGAGAUCGUCGUAGUAAUAGAAAGUUUAGUUCUUUCUGUGUUCAUAGUUUCGAUGAUACAGUGCACGAUAGUGUACUAAGAUAUAAGAGAGACAAAUUGCCAGUUUCUACUGUGUCACACAAUACUACUGCUAUUAUGCGCAGUAGUGCUAUUAAUCUUUCCAACUGUACACAAACAUUAUCAUCAUUUGGGCAGAAGCCAAUUUCAAAGCAGAAUCCUAGAUCACUUAGAAGUUUAGCCAGGCAAACAUCACACUCAAUAAACAGACCACUGAAACGAUUAGCUGCCAGUUUUCGUCUAACUAAAUCCAAUGGACACUCAACAACAACAAGUUAUAAAAGUUAUUUUCGUAAUGUUGGCUUAAAAUCAACUGAUAUAACAGCCAGUAGUAAUUCUGUGAUUAACAAUCCUGAUUCCACAGUAAACGAUUCUAAUAAUAAUCUUAAGAAUUCUCAUACACGUAGUGUCAUUUUGCAGACAGAUCAAGAUUUCGCCAAUGAAAUUAAAAGAGACAAAAAUCUACGCAAAGGGCACUUACUAUUCAGUGAUAAUUCAACUGAUAAAGGGAUAAAAUCGGAGAUUAGUGAAUCAACAGAUCAUGAAUCAGAAAGCUUAUUAAGUCAAGAUGAGAAACCGGGUGGGUCAUUUCAUUUAAAAGAGCAGUUUUUUGCAUUUUUUCAACCAACUGGCAAUAAACUAGCUAUGAAAUUAUUCGGUACAAAAUUAGCGUUAGAUAGAGAACGAUUAAGGCAAGAACAACAAGGUGAUUGGAUUAUACAUCCGUGUAGUAAUUUUCGGUUUUAUUGGGAUUUAAUCAUGCUGUUGUUACUGAUUGCAAAUCUUAUUAUUCUACCAGUGGCAAUAUCUUUUUUCAAUGAUGAUUUAAGUUUUCACUGGAUUGUAUUUAACUGUGUAUCGGAUACGGUAUUUCUCAUUGAUAUCGGUGUGAACUUUCGUACAGGGAUCAUUAAAAACAAUUUUGCUGAUGAAAUUAUGCUCAAUCCCAAAGAAAUAGCUCGACAAUAUUUGAAAACUUGGUUCCUUUUAGAUUUAUUAAGUUCAUUACCUUUGGAUUACAUUUACCUCAUAUUACAUGAUAAUGAGAAUUUUACACAAUUUGUACACGCUGGCCGUGCAUUGAGAUUUUUACGAUUUGUAAAACUGUUGAGUUUGAUCAGACUUCUAAGAUUGUCUCGACUAGUUCGUUACGUCAGUGAAUGGGAAGAGUUUAUUAAUCUGGCAAGUAAAUUUAUUGGAAUAUUCAAUCUGGUCUUAUUACUCUUAUUACUGGGACACUGGAAUGCUUGCCUACAAUUCCUCAUACCAAUGUUACAUGAUUAUCCUGUAGAAAGUUGGGUUGCUAAAGGCAAACUACAGAACGCUUAUUGGUUCGAUCAAUAUACUUGGGCAUUAUUUAAAGCCAUGUCACACAUGUUAACUAUUGGUUACGGACGAUAUCCACCCACAAGCUUAAGUGAAGCAUGGGUUACAGUGAUAAGUAUGGUUACUGGAGCAACUGGAUAUGCUUUAUUUGUUGGUCAUGCUGCCGCUUUAAUACAAUCAUUCGAUUGUUCAAAACGUCUUUACAGGGAGAAGUUCAAGCAAGUUGAUGAAUACAUGGCCUACAGAAAACUUCCACGUGGUCUUCGCAAACGUAUCGCUAGUUAUUAUGAGCAUCGAUAUCAAGGCAAAAUGUUUAAUGAAAAUGAAAUACUCAAUGAACUUUCGGAAUGCUUAAAAGAGCAAAUUAUCAAUUAUAACUGCAGAGCGUUAGUUGCAGCUGUUCCAUUUUUUACGUUUGCUGAUCAAAAUUUUGUAUCAGAAGUAGUGGUCAAAUUGCGUUAUGAAGUAUUCCAGCCAGGUGAUUUAAUCAUCAAAGAAGGUACUAUCGGCACAAAAAUGUAUUUUAUUCAAGAAGGUAUUGUGGAUAUUGUAACAAGAGAUGGUGAAGUAGCCACAAGUUUAUCUGAUGGUUCAUAUUUCGGAGAAAUAUGUUUGCUGACAAAUGCACGCCGCGUGGCAAGUGUUCGAGCAGAAACAUACUGCAAUGUUUAUUCACUGGAUAGGGCAAGUUUUCUUGAGGUGUUGGACAAUUAUCCGUUAAUGCGUAGAACGAUGGAAUCUGUGGCUGCUGAACGCCUAAACAAAAUUGGACGUGAUCCAUUAGUUGUUAGCAGUCGUAAAGAUUUAUGCGAUGACUUAAAAUUAGUGAAUGAAAUAGUUAAUCAAGCCAUUAAUGAAGCAGAUGAUGUACAAAUUGAAAAUCAGGACAGUGAAAUAGAGGGUGAUGAUGGAGGUGGUGGUGAACGAAAUAAGAAAAUAAUCAGCAAACUUUCUCAUCCAGUUAAUUAUUUUAAACGACGCAAGUCAUCACAUUGGAUACAUGCAUUAGAUUUACGUAAGACAUCUGCACCAGAAUGGUGUAGUCAUUCAUAUCAGCAUAGAUCAGGUACACCGGCUGUGUUAAGUACAGGUAUCCGCAAAUGGUAUCAUAUUAAACGACGUAAAUCACAUCUCCCAAGAACAUUUAAUAAAACAAAAAGUGCAGAAAAUUUAAGCUUUCGUAAAGCAUCAAAUAAUUUUUCAAAUACGUGGGAAAUUGCCAAACCAACACCGGUAAAUGUUACGGUGUCUGUGAUAAAUGAACAAGAUGAUAUACCGCCUAAACAACAGCUCGAUUCAUCGCAUAACACGUUUAAGAUUACAGAAGAUAAUGAUGAAGUAAAUCCUCCUGAAAAUUGUGAAGAAAUCUGACCAUUCGCUACAGAGUAUAAGGAAAACAGAAACCACUUCCACUGCUAAUAUUACUGCAUAAAUCAACUGAACACAUCAUCAUUAUAUAUGCUUGCAUAUUUUCGAUACGCCUUCACAAAAUUUACUAGAUGAUGAAAAAACAAAUAUUGAACAAAUCGUUACUUUCUAAGUGUGUCUAUUUAUUGUAAGAUGAACAGAUAUCUCUUGGUUUCAUUUUCGAUUCUAUGGUUGUUUUUGUUCAGUCUGGUUGUGAAACACAUUAACCUCUUAUAGCAUAUAUACAUGUCUAUGUAUCUAUUUAAAUGAAAAGAAAAGAAGAUAAAUGGGCAGAAACUUCAAACACAUCACUUUACUUAAAACAAGUAGAUUCCAUUUGUAUGAUUAUGCUAAUGACUACUUUUCUGUCAGAUUUCUGGUUUUGUUUGUUUUUCUUUUCUAAUUUAUCGUCUGUUAAAUUAGUAAGCUAAAUGUACUUGACGAAAUGAA